AAGGUCACGUGCUAGUCAAAAUUAAAAGAUGGCGAGCGCUGGACGAGGAAAGACAGCUGCGAAUCCGUUUUUAGAUGACGAAAUUGAAGAUGUGGACGACUUCACUUUCCUCAACAGCGCCCGCAAGAGCAGUUCGCCGUACUCACUUGGCAAUGAGCAAAAUCUCCGCAAUCAGCAAUGGGAGCAGCAGCGCGAACAGCUACUGCUCGAACGUCAGCAGCUGGAAGACAGCAUCCUGCAAAGCUCUAAUUCGGCCGUGCGCGUGCUGUACGACACGGAACAAGUUGGCAUAGCCACUGCCGAGGAAUUGGCGCACCAAGGUGAACAGCUUAGAAAUGUCGACCGUAAACUGGACACCAUCAACACGAACCUCAAAGUCAGCCAGAAGCACCUGAAUUCCAUGAAGAGCAUUUUUGGAAGCAUCAAGAGCUACUUUCGCGGCGGCAGCAGCGCUGAUGCCUCCAGAAAUGUGGGCGCAACUGCUGGAUUUGGAAUCGAUGAAGAAGAAGAAGAGCGCCCUGCAACCGAGCUCGAGAAGACAUUGAACAAGGUGAAACAGGACAGCAGCACGUCGAGGCCGUCCACGCAUCCAGCUUUUCGGGUUCGAGGCCUGGACACCUCUGGAUUCGGGGCUGGCUUUGAGGAUGAAAAGGGGGACUUCGCUGUGCGACCCCAGCAGGCACCUUACAAGAGUCGUACAGCUGAAGUUGAGCAAAAGCUGGACUCGAACCUCGAGGAACUGGGCAGCGGUUUGGGAAGACUGAAGUUUCUGGCGCAAGGCCUUGGCAAGGAGCUUGACGACCAGAACGAGUUGCUUGAUAACCUGACAGAGAAGACGGAUCUGGCCGAAGGAACCGUUGUGCACCAGAACAGUCAGAUCAGGCGAAUCCUCAAGAAGUGAACGGAACCACCACAGCAAACGGUAGCCAAGUCUGUCCGUGACAAGGUUGACACACUGGUGUGAAAGGCUUACAAGAACAGUGUGGAAGAAACGUCACAAGAUUGUGUUACACCGAUGGAGUUUGUGGAGCUUAGAAGUGAAUACUCUAGGAAACUAUGUUCAGUUGUUCCAGAAUUUUGUAUUUAAUCGCCACUUUGCUGCGAAACACGGGACUUGAAUUAAAGCAGUUCACAGUCAAACAUUACUGCAACACUGUAAAUAUUGCAAUAGAAGUUUGUCUCCAAGUGGUCAAGGCUGCAUUGGCUGAAGUAUGCAAAAUUUUGAGAAUGUCUCAGUGCAAGGCAGAAGUGUUAGCACUUGCAUUAUUUUAUGUCAUCUAAAUGCUACAAUCAGUGUUAAAAAAGGUGUAACAUUUUGUUGUUGAACAUGAAAUUAUUUUAAAGUAACUCUUGGUUAGCGUUAUUCUCUUGUUAGCAUUUGGAGAAUGUGAUAGCAUAAUUGUCUUAGAUGACAUUAUUUAACUAGACCAAUUACUGGUUCUAAGAGCACUGGGAAACUUUGUUUUAGGAUGGGGUCUCUGCUGCAUAGGAAGCUACUUGGUGUACUAGCACUGUAGGUGGCAGCACUCCUUGAUUUCUUGGUACUCUUGGUGGCACCAGCUGAGACAAAUUACUAAUAAAAUCUUGUUGUUGUGGUGAUAUUUGGUUGUGCUCUUACAAAGAGAGCACAACUGUCUAGUCAGAGAGCCAUUGGCAAUGGCAGCUGAGCUGGAAUUUAUUAGUGCAGUUCACACGAACAUCAAGCACUUCGCUUUGUACACAGGCUUAAACAUUUCUUUCUUUGGAAGUUUCUGGAGCCAUGAUCGUCAAGUGUCUUUGAUGGCGUCUUCUGUACAAUGGCGUAGAAGGAAGAAAAAAAAAUGGUUUAAGUCAGGGUGGUAAAUACCUUAUUGAAUGUUUUAUAAGGAUGGUGGCAAAGGAGACAAAUCAGAGGCCAGCGAAGAACAGAGGUUGCUUGUAAGUUGUUGGCAACUACUACAUAGCAAAACUAAAUCUGUAAGCAGGAAAGCCCAUCUUCAAUGUUUCCAUGUGUUUCAAGCACGAGGCAGUCUGCCACAGAUGGUAUUUGUCGAUCUGAGUGAUAUUAUUAGAAGUGGUGUCUGUAAUAGACUAUGCUUCUUUCUGUUAUUUCUGAUGGUGGAGUGUCUUAUCUGUGCUCUGUACGCUUAGAGAUGACCAUAGUUGGUCCGAUCUAUGCAUGCACAUAAAACGGCUUUGUUUGUAUCCCCGUUUGCAGUGCUGCAGAAUUUGCAGUCUCAAUAAAUCGGUGUUAUAAGAAUGACACCUGUACUCUGUACAGUCCACUGUGUAGCUGUUCAUCACAUUUGAAUUUGGAACUGUGGUGUGAGCUUUCUGUUUUCAGUGAUUUGUUCAAGUUUAAUAUUUAGGAAGCUUGUUCUUCAGAAAUUACUGCAAGAAAGAUGUGAUGUGGUUUUAUAUAUGUAGGUUAUAUGCACACACCCAUACAUGUUUUGCUUGCAGGACAUACAACGAGCAUAUCAUUGCUGCAUGAAAAACUGUUUAAAUACAAUGUUUAUGUACUUUCCAUUCAAUACAGCAGAGGUGCAUGUCAUGCAGAACCUUUCAUUUACCCUACAUUCCACUAUCAGUGCAUUGUUCUUAUGCAAUAAAAUGCUGGUCGCCUAUUCUGUA